GCCACUUGGGCCGCCGGCAUCAUGUCUAAGGUGGCGACUCCUUCCGGAUCCGCACCUGGAGCCGGGGCGUCGGCGUCGUCGGCGCCCGGCUCGGAAAGUUGCGCGGCGGGUGUGGCCGAAGACCUCUCCAAGGUGUCGGACGAGGAGCUGCUGAAGUGGACCAAGGAGGAACUGAUCCGGAGCCUGCGCAAGGCGGAGUCGGAGAAGAUGAGCGCCAUGCUGGACCACAGCAAUCUCAUCCGCGAGGUCAACCGGCGCCUGCAACUUCACCUGGGCGAGAUCCGGGGACUCAAGGACAUCAACCAGAAACUUCAGGAGGACAACCAGGAGCUGCGAGACCUUUGCUGCUUCUUGGACGAUGACCGGCAGAAAGGCAAGAAGGUUUCCCGCGAGUGGCAGAGGCUCGGCCGGUACAGCGCAGGCGUCAUGCACAAGGAGGUGUCCCUGUAUCUUCAGAAGCUGAAGGAGCUGGAAGUUCGGCAGGAGGAGGUGGUGAAGGAGAACCUGGAGCUGAAGGAGCUCUGCGUCCUGCUGGACGAGGAGAAGGGCGGUGUUGCCGGUUGCCGAAACUCGAUCGACAGCCAGGCCAGCCUCUGCCAGCUCAAUGCCACGAGCGCCUUCAUCAGGGACGUCGGAGACGGCAGCAGCACCUCCAGCACCGGCAGCACGGACAGCCCUGACCACCACAAGCACCACCCGAACUCGAGUCCCGAGCACCUCCAGAAGGCGAGGAGCGAGGGGAGUCCCGAACAUCAGAAACACCGCAGCGCCAGCCCCGAACACCUCCACAAACCCCGCGGCUCCGGCAGCCCCGAUCACCAGAAACACCUGAAAGGACCCAGCCCGGAGCACCACAAGACUCUCGGAAAAGGGUCCGUGGAGCAGCAGAAGCACAGCUGCAGCAGUCCGGAAACGCUGCCGAAGCACUUGUUGAGUGGCAGCCCCGAACACUUUCAGAAACACAGGCCUGGCGGCAGCCCGGAACACCAGAAGCACAGCGCUGGCAGCGGCAGCCCCGAACUUCUCCACAAACACACUCUGAGCGGGAGCUCUGAGCACCUCCCGAAAGCGAGGGGGACCAGCCCCGAACAUCUCAAGCAGCACUAUGGCGGAAGCCCGGACCACCUCAAGCACUUGGGGGGUAGCAGCAGCAGAGAAGGCACCUUAAGGAGGCCUGUGACGGAUGACCUCUCUCCCCAUCACCGAGGCCUCUACAAUGGGAUGAACGAAUCAACCUUGUCCUAUGUUAGGCAGCUGGAAGCAAGAGUAAGACAGCUGGAGGAGGAAAAUCGCAUGCUGCCCCAGGGUCCCAUUAGGAUGCCAACAAGGGCAGAUGGGAAUGUCUGCUCUCCGAGCGUCAAUGACCAGGCCUCCUCACCUUCUCAGCAGCCUGAAGCGGUGGUUAAUGGCCUCAAGGUUGUGUGGAGGAAACUUGGAGAUGCUGUCGGCUCGUGUCCUGGAAUUAGGCAACACUUGUCUGGAAACCAGUACAAAGGGCCUAUGUGAAUGGAUAUUUUUUUAAGGAACAAAGGAACAAUUUCAGCUACAUUUGGAUUUAGUCUUGUCAAAGCAACCUCUUUCCUAACAAUGAGACAACUUCAUUCAUGUUCUGUGAUCACCUCUGGAAACUGGAUUGCUCUCCCCGCUCCCUCCGUUCCUGCAAGGACUUUGGCGAAAAGUAUCUGGAUCUCAUCACACUCAAUAUAUAUUCUGACUAAUCCAACUCUGCUUCUGCCAUGAGCAUUUACAGUGCAUACGCCCCGGAGGUACCAGCUGAUAAUCCUGAAGGCUGUUUAAAACCUGCUGCAGGAGGAGAACCCACAUGGAGGAAAUGCUUAAUGUGUCGGCCUUCCUGUGACAUUUCCCCAGGAGCUUUUCACCAGAUUGGAAAGAUACCUACAAACUGUGCCUUUUGGCCAUCCCAGUUUGGACAGUUAGGUUCUCCAGGGUGUGUUAAAAAAAAAAGUUAGUUAAUAUGGUGCUUAGGCAGAUUGCAGCUGAAACACUUUCCUUUGUAGAGUAAUUGCAUUCUGAGGUGCUAAAUAUAAGACCUUCAAGUCUCCUAACCAGCCAGUAGUGUAGCAAAGAAAACAACAGCACUAAAACAGCCCCCCCACACCCGAAACAAAAAGAAUUCAUUUGUUUUCAUUCGUUUUGGCAAAUGUCUUCCGAAGAGGUGGCAUUUCUCCUCUUAAGAGAAGGCAUUCCUCUCUUAAGCUUGAAGGCCAAUGCUGAGGCAACCCCAGGAAUGGAGCAGCGAUGAGUCUGUCUUGUAAAGAGCGGGAAUUCCCUCUCUGAGAGACCAGAUAGAUCAAGGAGCUGGGCUGAUGGAUGGGCAGUCUCCCAGCAAAGAUCAGGAGCCUAGUUGCUAGGUGGCAGUAGUGCGAUAUUAGGGAGUCUGAUUUGGGAUCAGGUAUGUUCUGUGUUUUACCAGGCACAAGCCGAAGAGGCAGUCCAAAAAAGUAGGAGAGGGUUGUGCGAGGGAGGCCCGUUGGAGGAAGAGAGAUGAAGCAAAGGCAAUGGAGGACUUCUAGAGUUUUGGCUUCCAGAAGUUCACCAGGGUAGAACAGAAGCUGGCAAGGGGAUGUAGAAUUCUGCUGAAUUCACUUGCUAGGCCAGCGGUUCUCAACCUGUGGGUCCCCAGAUGUUGUUGGACUACAACUCCCAUCAUCCCUGAGCUCUGGCCUU